UCAAAACAAUUUUACGCGUCUUGUACCUUGUUGUAAAAUACGUUCCUACUCCUAACAUUUCUUCAAUCAUAAGGGACGCUGGUUAUUUUUCACAGUUUUUGUAAUGUGUUUACAGACUCAUUGUUAUAUCGUUUUAGUUACUAUUCUGGCUUAAAUGUAAUCUGAAAAUGAGCUACUUACUGCCCAAGCUUUCAAGUAAGAAAGAUGUAGAUCAAGCGAUAAAAAGUGUAGCAGAGAAAGUACUGGUUCUUCGAUUUGGAAGAGAUGAAGAUUCUGUUUGCUUACAACUGGAUGAAAUUCUGUCAAAGACAUCUCAUGAUCUGAGCAAAAUGGCUGCCAUCUAUCUGGUAGAUGUAGAUAAUGUGCCUGUUUAUACCAGAUACUUUGAUAUCAGUUAUAUUCCUUCCACAGUUUUUUUCUUCAAUGGACAGCAUAUGAAAGUUGAUUAUGGAACUCCAGAUCACACAAAAUUUGUGGGAAGUUUCAAAACUAAACAAGAUUUCAUUGAUUUGGUUGAGGUGAUCUAUCGUGGUGCAAUGCGUGGAAAAUUGAUAGUACGGAGUCCUAUUGAUCCAAAGAACAUUGCAAAAUAUGAUCUUCUUUACCAAGGAAUUUAAAGUAUAAUUUUACAGACAUUAAAGUAUGUGGUCUCUGAA